AUGGGAACCACCACCCUUGGCCAUGAAAGAAUGGUGAGGAUGAUGAUGGAAAAACGAUCCAACGAACCGGCCAACAAUAUUGAGGCUCGAGCCACUCCAGCCGCUCUGCAGGGCCUCGCUUCCGGGGAGAUCUCCGCCGCAUGCAGUUGUCUGCAUAUUACGCCAGCUGCUUACUACACACAAACAUUUACAGCUGCCGCUCAGGUGAGUGAAACGUGA